CUAUUCUUUUGUUUUGUCCCUGUGGUUGUCAGGGAGGGAUAAUUACAUCACAAAAUUUAAUUACUCAUGUAUUUGGCUGAUUGGAGGAGGUAUACGUCUGUGAUUCCCAAUAAAUAUAAAAAAUAUGCUUUCAGGCGUGUUAUGGAAAGCUGGUGCCCUUAAAUUUGGCUAAUGGGGUUGAAGCUACAGCUGAGAUAAUUCUCAAAGUGGCAGGCCAGGGUGCGAUAUACCUGAGAUGCACAGAACUGGAAGACGAUGACAGUAUUUUGAUGCAUUCUGCUUUUGACAACGAAUCAAGGUUGGUUUUCAAAAGACAAUUGCAAUCUUAAAAGUUCUGGUUUGCCAAGUUCUUUACACUGGGUUUUCAGGUAUAUGGGCCAUUCAGUUUUUUUCUGUGAUUAUUACAGCAAUGCCUCAACUGCAGAGGUCAUACCUACUAUAAUUGAACCUGGUCCUACUUCUGGUCCUACUUCUGGCCCUGGUCCUACUUCUGACCCUUGUCCUACUUCUGGCCCUGGUCCUACUUCUGGCCCUGGUCCUACUUCUGGCCCUACUACUGUACCUACUGCUGCAUAUACCAUUAUAACUGGUCCUACUUUUGCACCUACUACAGUUGUUGAUGAUGAUGAAGGUAAUAUUACUAAUGAAAAUAAACAUGAACAAACAUUGGUUCUAGCAUAGACUGCUUGCACCAGGAUUGCAACCAUUUUAAAUAUCUUUAUGACGUUCAAAACACUUAGUUGAUUAAAUCCAGAACUGCUAUUUUUUAAGAAUAACAAUUUAACUUUUACAUUGAGAACAUGUUCAGAGAAGUAAUAUUUUUAAUUUUGUAGUUGACACAAUAGAUCUUACUGCUAUGGACAAGUCUGUGAAAGACAUAUUGGUCCAUAGAACAAAUGUCAUGAAGGAUCUAAUCAAAGAGUUCAAAGAUAAAGAAAUACUUAAUUACAAUCUUAAUUUAAGAGUAAUUGCUAGUAAUGGUGCACUUGAGAAAGGUGAGGGUAGAGGAGUUACUAGAGAAAUCCUAACCCUUUUCUGGCAAUCCUUUUUUACCUCUUUGGCAGUAGGCGCAAAAGAAAAAGUACCAAGCAUUCGACAUGAUUUCCAAAAAAAUGAUUGGGAAGCAGUUGCACGGGUUUUGAUAUAUGGGUACAUUAGCACAAAGUAUUUUCCACUCAAUCUAUCAGUGGCAUUUGUAGCUUUAUGCAUACUAGGGGAAGAAAAGUUGUCUAAUGAUUUACUACUUGAUUCAUUUAAGCUCUAUGUUUCAGCAGAUGAAAAGGAAGUAAUUAAUGCUUGUAUGGAUGGGCAUUUUGACAUAAACAAUGAGGAUACAUUAGACUUUUUAAGUUCUUACAAGUGCUUUCGUGUUGCAAAUGCAGAAAAUAUCAAUGAAAUUAUUUUUCAGCUUGCCCACCAAGAAAUUGUGCAGAGACCAAAAUAUAUAGCAGCAUGUUGGUCAACAAUGCUUAAAUGUUUAACUGUAUUUGACCCAUUUAAGACAAUUGAAGAUUUAAGAAGCAUGUAUGAGGAAAAAACUGUAAGCCCUAAGAAGGUUCUUAAGUUAUUGUCAGCACAACCAGGGAAUGAUGCUGAAAGGGAAAGUUUUGAUCAUUUAAAAAGGUUUGUAAAGAGUUUGACAGAUGGAGCGCUUUCAGCCUUUUUGCAGUUUACAACUGGGAGUGAUAUCAUAAUUUGUGAUAGCUUAGAAGUCACUUUGUUAGUGUAGAUGGGUUAGCACGUAGGCCCAUUGCUCACACAUGUACCCCUAGUUUGGAAUUGCCAUCGACAUACCAGUCAUUUAAUGAAUUAUCUGAAGAGUUUGAUAUAGUCUAACUGGACUACUGGAGUAAACUUUUUGAAGCCUCCGUUUUAUAUUCUUUAUAUUAAAUUAACAUAUAUGCAGUAAGAACUGUAUUACAUUUACCAAGGUGUUGUGUUUUUAAUGGUAGUUUGAUUAGUUGGUUAGUUGUUCAUUCAUUAAAAUGGCAUCACGUAUCUCUUUUAAAACUAGCAAUAUAACUCUCCAUACCAUAUAUUAAAAUCUGGUGCCAUUACAAUCUACAUUUUCAUUACCAUCGCUCAGUCGAAAUCAACCAAUUUACUAGGAGGUGCAGUGGAACCAUCUUUUCAAGAUCUUGCCAUAAGAUAACUAGAUCUCAAAAGAAGUGGGGAAGAGUUCCGACUGUAACCUUUAGGCUACCAACGGAACCACAUAUUCAAAGGUGGCUCUUUAACACAAGUUUUAAAAAGCGGAAAUUAACAACUUGUCACAAAAUAUGUGCACAAUAUUUUAUUUAACAAAUGUGAUGCAACUGCUGGGUUCUGGCUGGAACUAACAAGUCUAACUCGGCAAAACUAAGUUUCAGUGCAUGUCUUGACCUCCAUUGUUACUACUGCAAAAACAAUCAGGGAGAGUCAUAUUGCUAGUCAGUUGUUAUAUUCUUAUAAAUUAAAGAUAAAUGUAAAUUGUUUCAAUAAAACGUUUCAAUUAAUUAUUAAUUGUUUUCUUGUAUUGCUCGUAAACAUGUGAUAAAAUGAUUAAUUCCAUAAUUGCCAUCAUCAGUUAAAAACUGUUCACUGCUUAGAUUGCUGGGAAUUUCAAGUUCGGUUUGUGGAACAAAUACUGCAUAAAGCUCUUCUUGUACAAUGAAAUCAGGAUCCAGCAUGUCAUCUUCUGCAAGUCCAGCCCCUACUGUCUCAUCAGACUCAGCAGGUGAAUCUUCAUUACCAUGAAUGGAAGUAGCAGAAUUUAACGAACCGGUAAUAAACAUCUGCUCUGUGCUCUGAUGCCCAGCACUGCUAACUGGAUGGCUGUUCCAUUGGUUCACAAAUUCAUUGAGGCUCCUGUUGAUGCGUGGAAUAAAUACUUCCUGAAGAGCUAGCAAGUGCUCUUCACUAUCAACAUUGAGUAAACCUUCUUCUUCCAUAAAAGUGAAAAGUAAAGCAUAAUGGCAGAGAACACCAGAAUGCACAUCCCUAUGGAGUCGCUCCACUCUUACAUUAUGCACUGAUCUUCCAGUAAGUACACUGCCACAAUCUGUACCUCUUUGCUGAAGCAUAUACCUAGCAACAUGGACAUUUUCUAACCCAUGGUCAGUUCUUAUCUUUUUUGGCAAACCAUACUUGGAAACACCGUCAAGAAAUAAAUUAAAAACAGUAGAAGCUAAAUUGUUGUUUUGGCAUGACACAUAAAUUACCAUUCUGCUAAAGCCAUCAAUGCAAGCAUGCACAACCAUUCUCCAGUUAAUGAGUUUAUGAUUACCAUCCAGGUGCCAAAGAAAAUUUGGGUAUGGUACAUUGUAUUUCCUUCUGUAGAUAGCCACAUGACCACGCAAUGCUGUGCCCACUGGGUCUAAUUUUCUUAGGCAAUGUCGUACCCUCCAUCUUUGAAUGGUAAGUCCUCUGCAUCUAAGAGCCCCAAGUAAGCGAGAUUGUCCAAUAUUGGGGGUCAGAAAACGAAUACUCUCAAUUACUUCACAAAGGUCAGCCUCAGAUAUAUCACUAAAGUUUUCCGUUCUUGCAGUAAACUCCUGUCGUUUCCGUCGUAGAGUACGGUCACAAAUACCAAAAAUUUGCGCGAUUUUCUUCCAUGUAAAAUGCUUUGAUCGUAAGAACAUUACCUGUUCUUCAUCAAUUUCAUACCUAGGACGGCCUCCAUUAUUGGUGCCUACAACACUCGAAGUACGCAUCUCUGCAUUUUCUUCGUCCUCACGAAGCUUGUUAGUUUCUUCUUCUAUAUACUUUUUUAUUCCGUGAAAAACGCAUAAUAGAUGAUAUAAUUGCUCCCACAAAGGGUCAUCUGUAGGAUUUAUAAAGCUAUUCAGGAAUACGACCAACGUCUCGCAAAUUUCAUCCAUUUUUAUUGACAAGUUUUCAAGAGCAUCUAAAGAAGCUACACGGUUAUCGGAUAACGGUCCUUCUUCAAAAAGGCUCUGUGUUUGAGCAAGAACUGACUUUAAUACAUCCAAAAAACGUGAGAAACUGUCACUUCUGCUUGAAUGAGACGCCAUGUUUAACGAAAUUUAUCAGGUGUUUUGCGGGUUAAUUUAUAUUUAUGGAAUAUUAAUUAGCAUGUAUAUUUGUCAAUUGGCAUGUAUUUUUGCGAAUAUUGAUUAGCAGGCAUAUAAUUUGGCGAACUGAUAAGAACUGUUUAAUUUUUAUUUAGUUUUAGAUUUCAGGAUGUGUUUUUGGAAUUUUGAGUGCUUUUAUUUUAACUUAGCAUGCAUUUGUAUGCUGUUUACAGAAGAGCAUGGAUAUUUGUGCAUAUAGCAGUUUUGUCCGCUUCGGCGCCC